GCUUUGGAAGUGACUGGCACGGAAGCACAGCUCCACCUGGCACCCCGGUUGCCCGUGCUGGGCUGGAUGUUCAAAGGCAGGGUCUCCUCUACACAUCAUGCAACUGAUGCUACAUGAAGUAAAUGGGCUGCACUAAUUACACAACGAACUCGAAUAGGAAAUCUCAGUCAUCCAGGCAUUCUAGAAGUCAUCAUGGACUGGCCAGAGGGCAAAGAUUUUGGAAUGUCACCAGAGGAGGAAGUGAUGCGUGCUCAAGAGGCCCCACCAUAUAAUAAACUGUCAGAAAGUGAAAAGCAAUAUGCCUUAUUUACUGAUGAGUCCUGCUGUAUUGUGGGAAAGCAUCGGAGAUGGAAGUCAGCUGUAUGGAGUCCUGGACAACAAGUCGCAGAUACUGCUGACAGAGAGGGUGAAUCGAGUCAGUUUGCCAAGGUGAAAGCCAUCCAGCUGGCCCUGGACAUUGCUGAACGAGAAAAGUGGCCAGUACUUUAUAGCUAUACUGACUCAUGGAUGGUGGCAAAUGCCCUGUGGGGGUGGUUGAAGCAAUGGAAGCAGAGCAGCUGGCAACGCAGAGGUAAGCCCAUCUGGGCUGCUGCACUGUGGCAAGAUAUCGCUGCCCGGGUACAGAACCUGGUGGUGAAGGUACGUCAUGUAGAUGCCCAUGUACCCAAGAGUAGGGCCACUGAGGAACACCAGAACAACCAACAAGUGGAUAAAGCAGCUAAGAUUGAAGUGGCUCAGAUGGACUUAGAUUGGCAACAUAAAGGUGAAUUAUUUUUGGCCAGGUGGGCCCAUGGCACUUCAGGCCAUCAAGGCAGAGAUGCAGCAUACAGAUGGGCUCAUGAUCGAGGGAUGGACUCAUGAUCGAGGGGUGGACUUAGCAAUGGACACUAUUGCCCACGUUAUUCACGAGUGUGAACACUGCACACAGCCUCUCCUGCUCUGGAAGACUGUUACAAGAGAUGGAUCCUGACAUCAUGGACCAGAUGGACUCAGCAGCUUUAUAGGGACUGGUCCAUGCACUGAGA